AAGUAAUAAUACCGAUUUUUAGCAGCUUUUCGUUUGCGCCAACGCGUGUCUGAUCUACAUUUUUUAGCAUCCGUUGCUUGAUUAAGAUUGCUAGCUUGGUCGCACACGUAAAGACCAGUGAUAGGAGAGAUAGAGAUAGACAACAAAAUGUCUUCUGUCCAAAGUGGCUAUUUUGCUUUGAUGCGUCGCGAGUUUGACUCGUCUGCGCAGGACUACAUGAGUAAGCUACCUGAGCACAACCGACAGCCAUACACAAUGAAACCAUUUGCCCCGGACCAUCCUGAGACGACCGCAAGAUCGGCGCAUGGUAUUUUACUUUCCGUUUCUUCUUAUUCUAAAAAUUUGUAGAGACGAGAGCCGUUACCUAUAUCUGAGAAAGUGGGAACGUUGUCAACGAUCUUCUCCACUGAGUAGGGUCACCUUAUGCUUACUUAUGUCGUUCGUAUAUCAACAUGCAUGUUGUACUUAAGUGUAUAUAAAUUGAUCCAGGGCUCAGAACUACGGCCCUCUCCCUAGCGCAGGUGGGGUACCGGUAGCCCCGGACCCUUUCGGGAGCCGGCUGCCGGGGGUGGGAGGCCUCAAAUGGGGUCCAAGGGGCCUUCUCCACUCCCUUCCAGCUGCCUGGGUGUACCCUACAGACCUCCGAUGUAGGUGGAAGGCUUCAAAAGGGGCCCAGGGGACCGCCCGCGCCCCCUUCCAGCUGCCUGCCUGUGCCCUACAUGCUUCCGAUGUGCUUCGCUGCCGCAGCAGUGCGCCGGAUGUGGAAGGCCUCUGAAGGCGGCAAAAGCCGAGGGGCUGGACCCGCUGAGCUGUGCGGCUUGUACCCUCCGGGCCCUCGGUCAUCGGCUUGCUUGCUCUUGAGACCGUGGCCGCCUUCGGCGGCUUUUUACCCUGGAGACCUCCAGGCUGUGAGGGUCUGCAGCGGCCACGAGGUCCCUCAGGAACAUGCCGAGAAGCGCAAGGGGACGCCCGCGCCCAGUUUUGACGCCUACCACAACUAGAAUCCGCGAAAAUCAGCGCGAAAAAGAGCGCGCGAGCGCCACCGCAGACCAUGCCACGGGGGGGGGGGCGUGCAGCCCUCAAACGUAUACGAAUGGAAAUAGCUCACUUCUAUUACUUUUAGAACGUAUUUUGAGGAACGAACUGAAGUGCGAAUUUAAUUUUCGAACUACUAGCACUUCUUUUUCUUUGAAGACGCUCCUGCUGACUGAGGGCUACUCAUGUUUGUUACUGUUUCGCCCUUGCUCACUCGCCCGCCCAUGCUCUCUGCAAAUUUUUUCAGUCAUGCGGCAGCGUAAUACUUGGAAUGCGGUCGUUGGAGAGCCAGCGGUACAGAAGAACGGGCCUGAUUACACGAGCUUCGGCCACGUUGAAUUUGCAAAGUUGAAGCAACAAGUCCCAGUACGCGGACCCGCACAAAAAUUUGAGAAACCAAUGACAACCCAGAUGGCAUACGGGUUCGUGGAGUCCUCACCGGGGUUGCCUUUGCGGGGACCCCAACACCCAAUAUCAUCAAGUCCGAUGACGAAAUACUACGAUAACAUGAUGAAAAUGACGGGAAAGCGGGGCGCCAGCUAAGAAUAUGAAUAACUUAAAUGCAUGUAUUACUCCAUGAUACAGAUGCGCAUGCCGAUGCCUUCGACUGGAAUUCCAACGGCGGAUUGAGGGCAAUUCAAGAAUUACGGGUUUAGUAUGUCUUUUACCUCUACGUCUUGAACUUGAUACAUAUAUAUAAUGAAAAAAUGCUUGAUUUGAUCGUGGAUAUGGAACGAUAAUAGACUUGGACGGUCUCCUCGAAACAGUAGUUCCCGUCAUCAUCUAGUAGUUGAAAAGAUAGAGCUGGCGAAUCCUCAACAUAAAUAUUCCGGAAUGUAGUACCAACAUGAUUAAAGCUCAUCCAACUACUUAGACAAUUCUUCUUCCAUAAGAUCUGAUAUUGUUGAUAAUAGUGCUCUUGUACAAGUCUUGGUAAUUUUAAACCUUAAUAUCAAACUUGACACCACAAACAUUAUACUGUCGUCGUUGAUACAUACAUAAUGAAUUUCGAUUAUAUGCUAGGUAAAAAUGAAUACUUUUCACAUACACAUCAAAGGGACUAUAACGCGAUUAAGUAAUUUGAAUUUCGCUCUUGUACUUGUUGACCUUUUAAAGAUGUACAGAAAUAUCAAACUUGACAAUGUCGAUAUGGUUUUCCUAUCGGGAAUGAAGA